AUGGACAAGCUGAAGGUGAAGGCGCGCUCUGCCCGCAACAGAGUCGCCGAAAGCGCGUCUCGGGGCGACGGCAGAGGCUCGCUCGCCCAUCCGCACUCGGCCCUCCCUCCAGACGACGCCGCCAGCACCGCUGCCGUCAAUGAGGGCUUCCUGGGCACUGCCGCGCGCGACUUUGCCGUACCCACCGACCAGCCUGUACACCAGCCCGUUGUCGAACCUCCUACCUCGCUGCAGUCGUCGGUCGACGCAGGUACCCCCGUCCCCACGCCGCGCAGCAACAAUGGCAACCGCUCCCAGCCCGCUUCUGCGUAA